AUGCAUAUUCGUGUACAAUCUUUUAAAAAUAUCCGCCUCGGUCACAGGUUCGGAGGUACUCCAUUCUUCAGACGAGGCCUACUAACGCAAAGCUAUGCUCAUGGUCCAUCUCAACCACCUUUGAUCGAGUCGACCAUCGGAGAUCACUUUGCAAAAAUCGUGGCGGAAAAUGGAGAUCGAAAAGCUGUUAUCUCGAAACACCAGAAUGACUGUGUCACAUAUGCCUCGCUCGAUAUGCGAAGCAAUGCCCUUGCCCGGGGACUCGAGUCGGUGGGAAUCAACAAGGGAGAUCGAGUUGGUGUCAUGCUUGGUAAUUCUAUGGAAUAUGCAGUGAUAACGUAUGCUUUGUUCAAACUUGGAGCCAUACUGGUCCCACUAAAUCCCUCGUUCAAUUCCGCGCAAAUCGCAUCAGCAUUGGGGCAUCUGGAAUCCAGCCACCUUAUCAUCAGCGCAGAAUCCAACCUUCCCCGCAAAGAUCCCCGCAGCAACAUUCCCCUACUACAACAUCUCGUCGAGGAUCUCCGCAGUUCAAAGCUAGGCUCGAGUCUAGUUCCCACUUUAAAGCAGGUCAUUAUUGUCGAUAACUCAGCCGGUCGUGCUGAUUUAUCAUCCUACAAGAGCCUGGUCCCAUUCUCAUCCAUCAUGUCCGACCUCUCAGCGGACGCACAAGCCUUACCUGAACGGCAACUCUUCCCAGACGAGAUUGUCAAUAUCCAAUUUACAUCCGGAACGACAGCUAUGCCCAAAGCAGCAUGUCUGACCCACCGUUCCAUUCUCAACAAUGGUUCCCAAGUCGGUGACCGUAUGCUUCUUACCCCCGAAGACAUUGUCUGCUGUCCACCGCCCCUGUUUCACUGUUUUGGAUGCACACUAGGCUACAUGGCAACAGCAACCCACGGCUCAACCAUAGUAUUCCCGACGGAAUCUUUCAAUGCCCGAGCAGUCCUCAAUGCAGUCCAAGAAGAGAAAUGCACAGCGCUCUACGGUGUGCCAACAAUGUUCAUGGAGGAGCUCGGUCUCAUUGAAUCGGGAGAGAUCUCGCAUGAAGGCUUCCAGUACUUACGAACGGGUAUUGCAGCUGGGAGUAGUAUUCCCGCGGAAUUGAUGAAGAAGUUACACCGGGUGCUCAAUCUGACGGAAUUGACCAUUUGCUACGGGAUGACGGAGACUAGUCCUGUGUCUGCGAUGACGACUACGGAUGAUCCUAUCGAUAAACGCGUGAAUACAGUUGGUAAACUUAUGCCGCACGUUGAGGCUAAGAUUGUGAAUCCAGUGAAUAGGAAGGAAAUUCUUCCUAUCGAAGCACGCGGUGAAUUGGCCGUAAGUGGGUAUCUUUUGAUGAAGGGUUAUUGGGGAGAUCCCGAGAGAACAGAAAAGGAGAUGUUUGCAGAUGAAUCUGGGAAGCUUUGGAUGCAUACUGGCGAUGAAGCUUCGAUGUCACCGGAUGGAUAUAUUACCAUCACUGGCCGCAUCAAGGACCUGAUUAUUCGUGGUGGUGAGAACAUUCACCCAUUAGAAAUCGAAAAUUGUCUGUUAGCACACUCCGGUAUCGCCGACGUCUCUGUCGUCGGUGUACCAGAUGAACGGUAUGGUGAAGUGGUUGCCGCCUUCGUGGUUGCUCGAGAGCGAGUAUCUCUUACCACGGAGGAGAUACAGCAAUGGGUUAGGGAGAAGCUGAGCAGUCAUCUUGUUCCCAAAUAUGUGUUCUUUCCUGGGCCAGGAGACCCUUCUCCGAAGACGGCGAGUGGGAAGAUCCAGAAGUUUAAGCUAAGAGAACAAGCUAUAAAACUCCUGGCCGAGAAGGCUGAUGACCCAACGAACAAGUGA